AUGGUGUUGGCAGAACUCGGUCAGAAGAUCGGGGCGGCGAUCUCAAAGAUGUCGUCCAAGUCUCUUCUUGGAGAGGAAGAUGUGAAGGAAUUAUUAAACGACGUGGCCCGGGCUUUACUUCAGGCAGAUGUGAAUGUAAAGAUGGUGAAAGAACUCCAGCAAACCAUUCGUGCAGAAGUGGCCAUCACAUCCGAAGCGGUUGGAUUAAAUAAACGUAAAAUGUUACAAAAUGCCGUCUUUAAUGGAAUUAAAAAGAUUCUCGAUCCCGGUGUGAAACCAUUUGUGCCGGUUAAAGGAAAAACAAAUAUUGUUAUGUUUGUUGGACUUCAAGGAUCAGGAAAGACAACCUCUUGUACAAAGUAUGCGGCGUACUUUCAACGUAAAGGAUUUAAAACGGCAUUAGUGUGUGCGGAUACUUUUCGUGCGGGGGCUUAUGAUCAAUUACGGCAAAAUGCCACAAAAGCGAAAAUUCGUUUCUAUGGUUCUCUUACAGAAGCAGAUCCUGUUAUUAUUGCAAAAGAAGGGGUAACAGAACUUGUAAAGGAAAAGUAUGAUCUUAUUAUUGUAGACACUAGUGGUCGUCAUAAACAGGAAUCUGCUCUUUUUGAUGAAAUGAAACAAGUUCAAGAAACCAUUAAACCAAAUGAUGUGGUGUUUGUAAUGAGUGCAACAGAUGGACAAGGUAUUCAAGAACAAGCACGUCAAUUUAAAGAGAAAGUACCAGUUGGUUCUGUUAUUGUUACCAAACUUGAUGGACAAGCCAAAGGUGGUGGGGCUCUUGCAGCUGUUGCCAUGACCAAAAGUCCUAUUGUAUUUAUUGGAACUGGAGAACACUUUGAUGAUUUUGAAUUAUUUCAACCAGAGAGUUUUGUUAGUCGUAUGCUUGGAAUGGGUGAUAUGCGGGCUUUAAUGGAUACAAUGAAGGAUGCGAAUAUAAAUGCAGAUAGUGAAUUAUAUAAACGAUUUCAAGAUGGACAAUUUACAAUGCGAGAUAUGUAUGAACAUUUACAAAAUGUUCUUAAAAUGGGAUCUGUCAGUAAAAUUAUGGAUAUGAUUCCUGGAAUGUCUGCUCUUGGUGGAGCUGCUGGUGAAAUGGGGGAUGUGACGCUGAAAGCCUUUAUUCACAUUAUGGAUAGUAUGACCGCAGCGGAAUUGGAUGAUGGGCGGGUAAAGAAAAUAAUGACUCCCUCCCGUGUUCACCGUAUAGCCCGUGGGAGUGGUCACUCCAUACUGGAAGUCCACAAUUUAAUUAAUAGUUACUCCAAAUUCGAAGAAGUGGUAAAGCGAAUGGGGAAAGUAAACUUUAAAGCCAUGACUCAAGAUCCGGGUAGUAUGCUCUCUGGUAGAAUGGGCCAACAACAAAUGACACAGUUGGCAAAGGCACUAAAUCCAAAUAUGCUUCGCCAAUUGGGUGGAUUAGGUGGUCUGCAGGGUAUGAUGAAACAGCUGCAGAAUAUGAAAUGA